CACGGGGGGGUGCAGCCGUAGCCCUUUAAGCUGCCCACCCUCUCCGGCGGCAGCUGGCUGCUAUUUAUACGCGGCGGCUGCGGGGCGGGCCCGGGAGCGGCGACAGCGGCGGGGAGGCCCGGGAGCAGGGAGGCCCGGGUGGAGGCUGCCAUGGCCCUGUCCUCUACACCGGUGGGAGGGAGCCGCUCCGCCGGCCGCAGGGCUGCCUCCUCUCCGCUGAGCUCUCCUCUGAGCCCGACGGCGCUCAACCGGCUGCAGGAGAAGGAGGAGCUGCAGCAGCUCAAUGACCGCCUGGCCGUCUACAUCGAGCGGGUGCGGGCGCUGGAGGCCGACAAAUCGGUGCUGCAGCAGAGGCUGGCCGAGCAGGAGGAGAGCGGCGACCGGGAGCUGAACUGCCUGCGGUUCCGCUACGAAGCGGAGUUGGCCGAUGCCCGCCGGGUGCUGCAAGAUACCGCCAUCGAGCGGGCCGCGCUGCAGGUGGAGCUGGGCAAGAUCGGCCAGGAGCACCGGCAGCUGCACAGCAGGAAUUCAAAAAAAGAAGCUGACUUAAACCUGGCACAGGCUCGUGUGAGAGACCUUGAUGCUCAGCUGAAUGCAAAGGAAGCUGACUUAGCAACAGCUUUGAAUCAGAACCGAAGUUUGGAAAAUGACCUUCAUGAAUUAAAGGAUCAAAUAGUCACUUUGAAGAAGUCACUGGAAGAUGCCAAAAAGCAUCUUCACAAUGAAGUGUUGAGAAGGGUGGACCUGGAAAAUCGCAUGAAAACAUUGCAGGAACAAAUGACAUUCCAGAAGCACCUUCACGAAGACGAACUGAAGGAGACAAAAAGAGUCCAUGAGACCAGGAUUGCAGAAAUAGAGUCUAGCCGUCAGAAAGACCUUGAGAGCAAGCUCUCGGAUGCUCUGCAGGGGCUCAGAAAACAGCAUGAAGAACAAAUUCAAGGAUACAAAGAAGAGUUGGAGCGAACGUUCAAUGCAAAAGUGGAGAAUGCCCAGCUUUCUGCAGCAAGAAAUAUUGACUUUGCCAACGCUGCUCGGGAGGAGCUAAUGGAAACAAAGCUGAGAGUUGAUACUCUGACAUUGCAAGUUAAUCAAUAUCAAAGCCAGAAUGCUGCUUUGGAGAAAAAAAUAAGGGAGCUACAGGAGGCGCUGGAUUAUGAUCGUGAUGUACAUCGAAGGCGUAUGGCUGAAAAAGAGAAAGAAAUGGCCAAAGCCCAGGAGCAGGUACAACAACAGUUGGAAGAAUAUGAGAAUCUCUUAGAUGUGAAACUGGCUCUAGAUCUGGAAAUAAAUGCCUACCGAAAGAUGCUGGAAGGAGAGGAACAGAGGCUAAAGCUGUCACCUAGUCCAUCUUCACACAGCACUGCAACUCAAGCAAGUCAAGAGCGACGGUUCCUGCAUGGGAAAAAAAGGAAAAUGAAAGCCAAAAAGAGAGAACAUAGUCCUGGAUUUAAGACUGUUCAGCAUGCUUCAUCUUCAGGAAACAUAUCUAUUGAAGAAAUUGAUGCAGAUGGAAAAUUUGUCAGGCUUAAAAACAACUCUGAUGAGGAUCAGCCACUACAUGGAUGGGUGUUGAAAAGACAUCUUGAAAGUGUGUCAGAUGUAACAUACAAAUUUCCUUCAUGGUUCACUCUUCAGGCAGGCCAAGUAGUUACGAUUUGGGGUGCAGCUGCUGGUGUAAGCCCAGGUCCUAAUGAUCUGGUCUGGAGGUCUCAGAAGUCUUGGGGAAGUGGGUAUAAUAUUGGUGUUACUCUCAUCACAGAUGUAGGUGAGGAACAAGCAGAGAGGAAGUUAACACAUGUACCUAGAGAAGAAAGUGGUGAGCAAGAUGAGUGUGAAGAAGUAACUGAAAGUGAAACAGAGCUUUCAUCUCAUUACCAUCCAUAUUCUACAACUGUACCAUUUUUCUUGAUGUCAGACCAAAAGAAGAAAAAAGAAAUGUUGUUUGGUUUCAUGAUAGUGGUUCCUGUGAGCAUCCUUUAGCAGCAAAAUGAGGAUCCUAGCUGUUCUGUCAUGUAAUAUGGAUGCAGAAGAUCAUCUGAAAACUUCUCAAUCUCCAGUGACAUUGCAGACUUGUGUUUUGAUAUCUUCUGCAAUAUCUGAAACUAACUUGGAAUUUGAAUCUCCCAUCUGACCUCUUUGUAAGAAACCAUCCAUAACAUGAAACUUUCUACUGUUUGAUAACUGUACCCUGUCUUAGAUUUGCUGAUAUAAAGAACAGUAGAAUAUAAGCUCUGUAUGAAGUUGUCUUUCCACCCUAGCACAAGGAUCUGGUCUCUGUGACCUGCUGAAACAGGAGGGUGCAGUUUACAAAACUGUUAGAUGCAUGUCCUAGAAAGAUAAUAAAUAAUUGAGAAUGAGUGUGAGGCUGCCUCAGCUUUCUCAGUAUUCUGACAUGGUGUCAGGCAAUUUCUGUUUCAAGUCUGAGUGGGAAACUACAUGGGCCAGAUCACACUACAGUGUGGGCUUUCAGCAAGUCCAAACUUGGCUAAAGUGAAAUGUUCACCUGAAGAGUGGUGAGUGUCUGAAAUGUUUCCUGCUCGAUCCUGACAUGCCUAGAUCACUUGUUAGAGAACUUCCUAGAGCUUAAAAAAAAAGGGGGGGAGGAAUCAAAAGCAAGUUGUAGAAUGUUCCUCUCAUUGAUUAAAUGUACUAGAAUACAGAAACAGUACAUAGAAAUUACCAAUGUCAGUAUUUGAUCUUUCUGGAUGCAGUAUAUCACAGCAUAGCUUUUAGUUCUGAUUUGCUGGAACCUUAACUUGGACAGAUAUAUCCUGCAAAUGUGAAACAUUCCAACAGAAGGUACUGUAACUAGCAAUAUUAGCACUUUCUCUGAAUGGUCCCAAAAUGUCAGCCUUCUAAGGUGCCUGGGGAAAAAAAAAUGCUAAAAUAAAUUUUAAAAAUAAACCAACAUUAACUACAGCAAAAGGUGCAUCAAAAAGACCUGCUCUUAGUGUCUCUAUAUGCUAAAUGUCUACAGGUCUGAUUUGUAUGCCUAAUAGGGGAGCUGAGGUAAUACUAUGUAUUGGCCAGUAUGUAAUUUGUGUUUAAUAGCUUUGGGGCCCACCUAAAGGCUGACCUACAACCUCUGCUGACUAUGUAGUCAGCCUGUAUUCAAUUACUUCUAGUUUCUUUUUACUAAAACGCUUACCUGCUGGCUGUAUGGUGAAGAAAGAGCCUUGAUGAGCCAUGCAAAGUCUAGCUUUCUUAUUGUUAAGAGGAUGAGCAGCUGACACUGCUGGUCUCCCCAAAUGCUGAUUUCUGGCUGCAUCUGUUACCUUGUUAAAAUAAUAAAUUGUGGAUUUUAGGAUCCAGUCUGUAUUUGGAUAGUUAUUAAUGUGAGGCUUUCCUUACACUGGCUUAAUGAUCUUAAUUUAAGCUAUUUAAAUACGUCAGAUUUUGAGACAUCAAAACUACUGAUUUAAUGCAUUGUAGCAGAUUUGAACUUUUGUUGUACUUUAAGGCUCAUACAGAAAUAAAUACUGUUCUCUUUGCUAUACUUAUGUUAAACUUUUACUAUUAAAGAGUUUACUAUUAAAGAGUUUUCAUGUACAAAUACUGAAGUCCAAGACUAAUUUACAAGUAAAAUAAUAAAAUUGGGCUUUAAUGUUAUUGGAGUGGCUCAAAACCCUGAAGCAUUACAUAUGCCUGCAUGGCUUGAAGCAACUUUCCAUGCUAUACCAUGCUGUCCUGUUUACCCUUAUCACUCACUUUUCUAAGUAAUGCUGAAUUGUAAUGAGUUUAAGAGUAUUAUUUCGGAUGAGAUGACUUCUCUUUAAAGAACAAGCAAAAACCAAUAUGAAGUGACAACAGUAAAAUGCUUGAACUACUGUACAGGUCUUGAUAUAAAUAACUGUGGUAGGUCAAGCUGUUACACUGUUUUCUUUCUUCUCCCCUGGCUACUGCUUAAUUACCUAAACAAAAUGUAGGUGCCUAACCCUGGUUCACAACAGC